GCUUGGGUACGAGUGCUGAAAACCUGGCGAUGUCUCCUCUUAGCACCACAGACAACCAGUUGGCUUAGCCAAUGGCAGGUGUCUAUUUGGGGAAAGUUUGUUAGCCUGGGUGUGGAGUCUAAGAUCUUUCUCGGUUCGGGGGAGAAUUCGUUGGAGAUACUGACAAAGACGAGGACGGAGCGAGAUUGGGGGGAAUUUCUCCGCGAUGUCCCGCCUUCUGAAAGUGUUGUGGCUUGUUGCUGUCCUUUCUUUUGGAAGUUUGGUCGACCCAUCACGAGCUCAGUCGUGCAGUUCAGUGGUGACCACGCCCAAUCUGUCCAUCACAUCUGGCAGCAGUUUCAACGAUGGUGACACGGUCAGUUUCGAGUGUUCACCAGGUUACAGUCUGAUUGGUGCACCCGUGAUCACGUGUAUCGCUGGAGGUUGGAGUCAUGAGGUGCCAACGUGUGUCAUGGACUGUGGUGACCCAGGUACGCCGGUCAACGGUUCCCAGGUUGGAACACCUUCCUACCUAGCCUACACCACAGUCAACUUCCAAUGCGACUCAGGGUUUAGUAUCAUCGGAGCCUCCGUCAGUACAUGCAUCGAUGGAUCGUGGUCGCUGCCAGUUCCUACAUGCUCACCUGACUGUGGGGAUCCAGGAACGCCAGCCCAAGGUUCUCAGGUAGGAGAUCCAACUUACUUGAUGGGAACCACUGUAACAUUUGAGUGUGAUGCUGGGUAUGAUCUCGUGGGGGCGUCGGUGAUCAGUUGUGAGGAUGGAGCCUGGAGUCGCUCUACUCCAACAUGCUUUGCAAACUGUAUUGACCCUGGCACUCCCGAUAAUGGCAUGCAGUCUGGUUCCUAUGGCAACGGUGGUAUCCUCACAUUUACAUGCAACGGGGGAUACAGUUUGCUGGGAGCCAGCGCAAUUAGUUGCUCUGAUGGAAGCUGGAGCAACGAUGUGCCCACCUGCGAAGCGGAUUGUGCCGACCCAGGUACCCCAGUUAACGGAAAGCAGACUGGUACCUUCAGCAAUGGAGACACCCUUUCUUUUGAGUGCAAUGCAGGGUACACCCUUGUGGGAGCAAGAAACGCGACUUGCCGCAGUGGUACCUAUGAUGAGCUUGUGCCAUCUUGCUUCGCGAACUGCGUGGAUCCAGGUACGCCUACCUUAGGCAGCCAAUCAGGAACUUAUGAUCAUGCUGACGUCGUGACCUACUCAUGUGCAGUUGGAUUUGAACUUGUCGGUGCUGAGCAGAUCACGUGUGAGGACGGCGCGUGGAGUAACAGUGUCCCGUCUUGUUUAGCUAACUGUACCGACCCAGGAACUCCCGCCUUCGGGAGUCAAACGGGCAAUUACGGCAAUUCUGAAGUUGUCUUCUUCAACUGUUCAGUGGGAUACACGCUCGUUGGUGCAGAGCAAAUAACAUGUGUGAAUGGAGGCUGGUCCAAUAGCGUACCGUCAUGCAAAGCCGACUGCACUGAUCCCGGCGCCCCGGCAUUUGGGACUCAAAUGGGAACGUACAAACAUGCUGAUGUCGUGACUUUCAACUGCUCAGAAGAUUACGAACUGAUCGGUGCAGCACAGAUAACAUGCGCCGACGGCUCGUGGAGUAAUGACAUACCAACUUGCCAAGCUAUCGUCAACCCUGUUACGUCGGUAGUCCAACCCGAAACAACCACUGAUUCAGCCGCUGAUAUUGCAACGACUGAUGGGAUGGGCGCAGUUUCAUCAACUGAGCCAAUACAACCUAGCCCAACGAAUCCGUUUACUGAAAGCCCAACUCAGCCGAAGACGGCAACAGAGCUACCUUCUGAAGAGCCCUUUAGCAGUCCACAGAUGUCAACGAGACCAUCUAGUUCCCCUGAUACUACUCGACCAACCAUGGUUACUGAACCAAUGAGCGAAGAACCCUUCAGCAGUCCACAAAUGUCAACGAGACCAUCUAGCUCACCUGAUGCUAGUCGACCAACUAUGGUUACUGAACCAAUGAGCGAAGAGCCCUUCAGUAGUCCACGAAUGUCAACCAGUCCUUUCAGUUCACCUGAACCCAGUGAACCAUCCAGACCCCCUGUAACCACUCCUCCUCCAAUGCCUACUCGACCGACAAGGCCACCCAUGCCCUCUCGACCCACCAGUCCAAUGCCUCCAACUACUGAAAAGCCAGACAACACCGAAAUGCCGAGCUCACCCACUUACGAGCCAACCGAUCAACCACCAACCAGACCGCCAAAGUAUUGUCCACCGCUGUGGCUCCAUAUCCAUGGCAUGCACAGAAGGCGAUACAGAGAUGGAGACAAAGUUGUCUUCUCCUGUAAGUCAGGCUUUGCUGUAGUUGGUCCAAAAUGGAUUGUCUGCUUCGAGGGCGAAUGGAGUGGACCCGUUCCAGAGUGCAGACGUACAUGUGACUACAUUCCUCCUGCUCCUAGUAAUGGGCAGACUAGAUACGUCCCCUCCCAGCGAAAUCCUUGGGAAGACUUCAACUGGGAGGACCUGCCGCCACCUGUUGGUCAUCAUCCACACGAUCAUCCUCAUUAUCCCCACCCUCACCUUCCACAUCGUCCUGGAAGUAGUGAAGGAUCAAAGGAAGGCCUUCUCCCUGAUUGGCUUUGUGAUUUGAAUGUGGAUUUACUAACGGCUUUUCUAAGUUUGAAAAAUGAUGAGAUUUCAUGGGAACAGUUUUUCCAACUGUUUCUGAGUGGUAUCUCGAACGGGGACAACAACUGGCCCUGGACUGGUGACAUGUCGUCAGGUUUCCCCGAUGUUCCAUGGAAUGACAUAUUUACAAUGCUACCAAAUGGAAUUCCUCGAGGAGGAGGCAAUAACAUGGCCUGGGAGACACUGUUUCAAAUGUUUCCGGAUGGUUUUCCUCUUGGAGAUACUUUUCCUGGGGGACUUGUACCCGGAAAUGGGGAGGGAGGAGCAAUGAGGCCGGAGGGUGAAGGAGGUGAAGCAGUAAGACCUGGAGAUGAAGGCAACACAAGACCUGGACAAGGUGGAGAUGAAACUGCGCGACCGGGCCAUGGAGGGAUGAUCCCAGGCAUGAAUGGAAACAGUAGCAGCAUGAUCCCAAAUGAUAGAGACUUUCCAUGGGAACCGCUCAUACAACAAUUCUUAGAGUGGCUUGAAUCUGAACGAAAUAAUUGUCCAGGGAAUAUGAACACUGGUGACGAGGGAAUGAGGCCUGGUGCUGAUGGAGAUGGAAACAUAAUGCCGAGCCCUGGUGGGGACAGUGAUGUGAGGCCUCCAAGUGGUGAAGACGGUGAAAUGGGCCCGAGACCUCAUAGUGAUGGUGAAUCUAGGCCUGGGAACGGGGAUGGUGCAGACGAUGGUGCUUUGCCUACUGGAGACCACGGAGAAGAAGAAACGAUGGCUGGUGGAGAUGGAGGGGAGACAACUGAUGAAGUGUUUAAUCCUCUUGAGGGCGUCAGUCAGCUUAUAGGCUUAGUUUCUGGAAGUGUCCCUUCACCUGAUAUUAGUAUUGGUAGCCUUCCCUGGCAACAGCUGUUUGAUUUAUUCCCUGCCGGAGUUCCCUUUGCAGACGGUCAAAUAUCAAUGGAUCAAAUCCUCAAUGUGUUUCCACGUGGACUACCUGGAGCAGUAACCGUAUCCCUGCCAGACUCAGUUGUUCCGUCAUCUCAAGAACAGGGAGGCAGCGAACGUAUAAAUCCUGGCAGUAGAGUUGCUUUUCCUUGGUCUGGUGAAAUUCCAGAGGGUUUCCCUGGAGCGGGCAGCGGUUCAACAUGGGAAACAUUGUAUCAGGAACUCCCAUAUGGCCUGCCAACCGGUAGUUCUAUUGUUGAAUGGAAUGCACUGUUUAUGUUGUUUCCUAAUGGACCUCCUAUGGCAGAUGAAGACUCUGGCGAUGGAUGGACAGGCCAAGUACCAAGAGAUUUCCUCAGUUUGGGAAAUGGAAAUGUGACUUGGGAAGAACUGUUCCAACAGUAUCCAAAUGGUGUCCCUGUUGGUGAUUAUAUCGUUCCUUGGCCAGCGCUUUUCAAUGUGUUUCCCAAUGGGCUCCCACUGGAUGAUGAAGACAGUUCAGAUGACUCUUCAACUGGUGUAAUGCCAUGGACUGGUCCUAUUCCAACGGGCUUCUUUGACUUAGGUGAUGACAGUUUGACAUGGGAAGAAUUAUAUCAACAGUUUCCGAAUGGCAUUCCAUUGGGUAACGAAACAGUUGCUUGGGAAGUGUUAUUCUUGAUGUUUCCUGAUGGGCCACCGAUGCAAAAUGAUGACAGUUCAGAGGAAUCAGUUAAUAGCGGAAUAACACCAUGGCUUGGUUUAGUUCCAACGGAUUUCUUGAAUUUGGGUGAUGGCAGUCUAACGUGGGACGAAUUGUACCAAUUGUUCCCUAAUGGCGUUCCUGUUGGCAAUAUUUUAAUACCUUGGGAAGUGCUCUUUAUGAUGUUCCCAAAUGGGCCACCAUCGGGAGAUGAUUGGACAAUUCCCGAUGCUCCAGGCGAUAGCGAAAUAGUUCCAUGGACUGGACAAAUUCCAACAGGGUUUCUAGGCUUAGAAAAUGUUAACCUGACAUGGGAACAACUUUACUUGCUGAUGCCUAAUGGUAUUCCAAUAGGAGAUGAAACCAUUUCCUGGGAGGUGCUGUUCAUUAUGUUUCCAAAUGGUCCGCCAGCUGUGAGUGAUGAUUGGUCCUGGUUGGUCUCGGGACUUUUUCCAAGUCCUCCACAAGAGAACCCACAGCCAGAAACAGGUGGAAACAGUGAUCGCCCAUGGGAGGAUCUGUUGGAUGUGAUACUUACUUGGUUGCCUUCUACGCCUGAAGAUGAAAGUAAUGUCAGUGGAGAGCAGACCGGCAUAAGACCACCUGCAGGAGGACAAUGGAGUGGACUUAUACCAACAGGUUUAUUCGACAUUGGCGAUAGCAGCUUUGAAACGUGGGAACAACUGUUCCAGCAGCUUCCGAACGGACUUCCAUUCGGGGCUGGCAACAUGCAAUGGGAAGCUCUUUUCAGGUUGUUCCCAUCAGGAUUCCAGUCUGUCCUCGAGGCUUGGCCAUGGUCACUUAGUCAGAUGUUUACAGCAAAUAAUGGUAUGCAACCUAGCAAUAUGGGUGGCAUGUCUGAACAGGGCGAGGAUCAGCUUCGACUGCUCAUUCAAACACUUUUGGAAAAGUUAUGGAGUGGAGAAAUCCUCGUGGACCUGAUAUCACAUUUUCAGGGAGGAGAAAUUCCGUGGCAGCAACUGGCAUCAAUUUUUCCUAAUGGUAUUACAUUUGGGGACAUAACUGUUCCAUGGCAAGAGCUGAUCGAUUUGUUCGGUGAUGGUAGUGGAGGUCAUGGUGGUAUGUCAGGCUGGGGUGGACAUAGUGGGACACCAAAUACAUGUGUACGAUUUCCCUUUGGAGAAUUCAUACCAAGGUUUCCUAACUUUGGCAAUGGUAGUGCCAGUGGAAUGAUGCCUGGAAGUGGAGGUGCCAGUGGAAUGAUGCAUGGAAGUGGUGAUGCUAGUGGAAUGAUGCCUGGAACUGGAGGUGCCAGUGGAAUGAUGCCUGGAAGUGGAGGAGCCGGUGGAAUGAUGCCUGGAAGUGGUGAUGCUAGUGGAAUGAUGCCUGGAACUGGAGGUGCCAGUGGAAUGAUGCCUGGAAGUGGAGGAGCCGGUGGAAUGAUGCCUGGAAGUGGUGGUGCUAGUGGAAUGAUGCCUGGAAGUGGGGGUGCCAGUGGAAUGAUGCCUGGAAGUGGAGGAGCCGGUGGAAUGAUGCCUCGAAGUGGAGGUGCCAGUGGAAUGAUGCCUGGAAGUGAUGGUGCCAGUGGCAUGAUGCCUGGAAGUGGUGGUGCCAGUGGAAUGAUGCCUGGAAGUGGUGGUGCUAGUGGAAUGUUGCCUGGAAGUGGAGGUGCCAGUGGAAUGAUGCCUGGAACUGAAGGUGCCAGUGGGAUGAUGCCUGGAAGUGGAGGAGCCGGUGGAAUGAUGCCUGGAAGUGGUGGUGCCAGUGGCAUGAUGCCUGGAAGUGGAGGUGCCAGUGGGAUGAUGCCUGGAAGUGGAGGUGCCAGUGGGAUGAUGCCUGGAAAUGGUGGUGCCAGUGGAAUGAUGCCUGGAAGUGGUGGUGCCAGUGGAAUGAUGCCUGGAAGUGGAAGUGGGGGUCACGGUGGCAUGAUACCAAGUGACAAACCACCAAGUGAGGGUGACAUGCUGUAUUUCUUCUGCAUGCCUGGCUACAAGCUUAUUGGUACUCCCAGCUUAUCCUGCACAUGCGAUGGUGUAUGGGAUGGUCUUCCACCAAUGUGUAAAGAAAUAAUGAAGCCAACCAUGAUGCCGGAUUAUACACAACCGUUUGCCGAAUUAACAACUAUUGACAUCGAUGACUACACAACAGCUGAACCAUUUGAGGGAACAACUGAUUUAGGAAUUGCAACAACAGAUGUGGUUGAAGAAGUUACAAACGAGGCAACCGAGAGUCCAAAAUUACCGACAGACAAACCAAAGGCAUCCAUGGCCCCUCCAACAGCUCAACCAAUGAAUUCAACAACUAGUCCAAAGAACGGCUUGCAGUCAACAACUCAAAGAAGAGAACUAACAACUAUGCCAAAGUUGCAGUCCACAUCUCAGCCAAUAGUUUUAACAAGUACUCCACAACCCCAGGAUGCAACAACAACCAGUCCGCAACAAAAAUUGGCGUCCACAGCUCAACCAACAGAUGCAACAAGCACUCCACAACCGCAGAGUGUCACAACAACUCCACAACCAAAGUUGCCAUCCACAGCUACACCCGGAGAAGCCACUACCAGCCCACAACCUAAGCCGCAAACAAUACCUACACCAAGGGCUGUUACAACUAGAUCUCUUGGAGAGUCGCAGUCAACGGCCGGCAAUCAAGCCACACCAAUUGAUCCAUGCAGUUCAAAUCCGUGUGCCGAGAAAGCAAACAGCGAAUGUGUCAGUGAUGGUCAGGGAUCCUUUACAUGCUCUUGCUUACCACUGUUCUUUGAAUCCGAUGGUGAAUGUGCAUCAUCAAGUUCCUUCAGUGGAACUUUACGAAUUACUCAGAUUGAAAGUCGACAAGCUGAGUUCAGUGAGGAGCUGCAAGAUCCUUCCUCAGAAACAUUCAGGUCAAUGGCAGCAAGCAUGGAAAAGACGAUUGACAGCAUCUACCUGACUAGCAGUCCUGAGGUUGCAGAGCGAUACCUAGGGAGCACGGUCUUAGGAUUCAAGAAUGGAUCCAUAGUGGUUGAUUAUGUUGCACACCUGAACAACACACAGAACCAGCCUGCUGAUGACCCUACAGCCAUAGAGUCGGCAUUUGAAGAUGCUUACAUGCAAAGUAUCAACACAGGAAGUAUUAACAUCACAGUAGAUGUUGCCGCCAGUACAGUUACAGAUCUUGACGAGUGUGCAUCCGAGGACACCAAUGACUGUUCCUCCGAUGCAGCCUGCACCAAUUUGCAAGGAUCAUUCACUUGUCAGUGUCUUGAGGGAUUUAUAGAUGCAUCACCAGCAGGGAGGCCAGGCAGAAUCUGUACCGUUCCCCAGCCAUCGGUUUGUGCGACAUCCUCCGACAUCGAUUGCUCCCCAAAUGCCACCUGCUAUGACACAGACUCGAGACCUGAAGGCUUCAGUUGUCAGUGUCUCGUAGGAUUCGUGGAUAGGUCGCCUCGAGUGACCACGAGCCCUGGCAGAAUUUGUGAAGAAUAUUGCCCUUCUACAAACUGUUUCAAUGGAGGAUCAUGUGUUAAUGUCUAUGAGACUGGGGAGCAGAUAUGCAGUUGCCCAGAUGGAUACACAGGAUCACGAUGUGAGGAUGCUGAACAAACAGGCUUGUCAGACACACUCAUCCUUGUCAUCAGUUUAACAUCAGUGGCCAGUCUCGUCAUAAUUUGCGUCGGCCUUCUGCUCUGCUUCACCUUCUAUCAUCGGCAGACUAAGAAGAACAUUACAAAGCUUUCCUUGCGGUCUUCGGCCAAGAGGGACGUCUCCCGCUUUGUCAGGGAUGAGGAGAUUUGGGAUCCCAUCAUUGCUGAGACCAGGUCCAAUGACAGCCAACAGUCGCUGGUCAAAGAGCCUACUCAUCAAGAUGAUUACCUUCAACCAAGACCAUCCGAUCCCAGACAUUCCGUUUAUCCAAGUGACAUGGGGGAGGACAACCCAGAUUUCAUGGAGGAGGAAUUUGAGUCUCAAGCCAGGAGCAUCGCUGAUGCCAUGAGCACACUUCCGGAAGUUGAGAGGAGGAUGCGUAGAGAGGUGCGUUCCAUUGGCAACUACAAUUAUGCUCAGGAACCAGACUACCGGGACAACUUUGUGCGACCCUACAUGGCCCCUGAGACUAUACCUAUCGACCGAUACCUACAGGAUCCACGCCGCUACCAAACGUAUGAUGAUGAAUCCCGGGGUUACGGCUAUGGACGUCCUACAAGGUCUAGCUUCGAUUCCAAUCACCAUGGUCACAGGAUGAGUCUCCAGCAAGAUUUACGAGGCAACAGGAUGUAUCUUCCAACUGAUGCCGUUACCAUGGCAACCCGGCCAGAGUCUUAUCCCAUGGAGGAUUUCUCCUCUCCCAGACAAUCCAUCCGUCCGACUGCUCAGUAUCCUCCCGCAUCCCGGGCUUACGUGCCUGCUUCCCCCCAGUCUGCCUCACCAUACCCGCCCCCUCCCCCGCCACCCCCACCCCCAAUGAAUCAAACCAGGUUCAACUAACCAAUGAGAAAGUGCCUGAAUUCUGCAUUCAGUGCUUACAUGACUUCCCCCAGACUGCCACAACACAAUUACCCCCACUAGCUCCCACUCCCACCCCACCCCCACCCCACCCCUAGCCACAUCCCAACCCUGCCCCCUCCAGCUUGGACCAAUCAUAUACUCAGUUCAAUCAAUCAAUGUAAAAAGUCUGGUAUUUGUACAAGAACUGAAAAAUGCAUUAGAACCGAGCAUAAUUUGACUAGUUAA